CCUCGCUGGUCGUCGCUGCUGAGGUAUGGGGAGCAAGAACUCGCGGCUCCUUCCGCAUGACGAAGCUCUUUCACGGUUCUCAGCAGAGGACCUAGAGCGGCUGACGGGGGCGUUUUCGCGGGCAGGACCGCGCGGGACCAAGAACACACUCUCCAAGGCUGUGUUUCUCCGGUCUGUGCUGGCAGACGCGUUGCCAGGGACGCUGGGCGAUGCGCUGUUCUACGUUUUUGCGACGGACAAGCACCACUCGGUGCUGUCGUACAAGGACUUUGUGGUGGCGAUGGCGAUUAUGUUCCGGUCGUCGCCAAAGGAAAAGGCCAACCUGCUCUUCCGGGCGCUUGACAUCGACGGCAAGGGCUUUGUGCUCCCUGUAGAGCUCAAGGCGCUGCUCUCCGUGACCGACGGCGAGGUGGUGGCCGACGACGUGGUGUCGCGGAUUCGGACGAACAACAUCGAGUACGAGGGCGAGACGGUGGCAGGAAUCGACGGGCCAGGCUUUCUGGCAUGGCUCAACGCGGACCGGUCGUCCAACUCGCUUGCGGCGUGGGUGCAUACGGUGCAAGGCGCGGUGACGCCGUUUGCGCUCGAGCCUGCGGGCGCAGAGCAGCACGUGACACUGGCGCUCACGCUGGCGUCGAUUACGUACUUUAGCGUGGCCGAGGUCAAGUCGCUGGAAAAGGCGUUCUACACCAUGAAGCAUCCGGGCAACGCCAAUGCGCUCGAGGCCAAGACCUUUGGGGCGCUCCUCGCGCCACCGCUCACGAGCCAGGUGGCGAUGCGGAUCUUUGAGCGGUUCGACGACAACGGCGACGAGCUGGUCGACUUUCGCGAGCUGGUCUGUGGGCUCUCGCCGGUCUGCCGCGGACCGCGGCGGGCGCAGCUGCGGUUCUGCUUUGACCUCUACGACAGCGACGGGAGCGGGCGGCUCUCGGCGGUGCAGCUGGCGACGAUGGUGAACGAGAUGGCUGUGGCGGGCAAGACGCCAGCAAAGAGCGCGAGCGUGGGUGAAAACGCAAGCUCGUCGAGCUCGUCGAGCUCGUCAAGCUCGAGUAGCGACGACGGCGCCGCGGAUGCAGGCAAUGGGGUCGACUUUGAAGGGUUUGUGGCGCGCGGCGGGGUGCCUGGCCUUGACGAGUUUGUGCACACGCUGCGGCGAAUUGCGCACGUAUCGCUCGGGCUCAAGCCAGAGCAUCUGGAGGACGAGGCCGCGUUCAUCGACGCGGCGCUGAAGGAGGGCAAGGAAGCGUCGCGCAAGCGCGGCGUGGACGUGUUCCUCCUGCCGGCCGAGUGGUGGCGCGGGUGGCGGGCGAGCGUCGGGUUCCGCGGCGAGGCUGCGAACCGGCGAGCGAUGCCUCCGUUUGACAACACGCCGCUCAUUUCGAGCAAGUCGGGCUACCGGCGCGAGCUGCGGCACGAGCUGGUGCAGAACGAGGACUUUGUGGUUGUGCCGCAGAACGUGUACGCUGCGCUUGGGGCAUGGUAUCCUGGCUCUGGCCCGCAGCUCCCGCGGCCGCAGGUGAUGGGCUCAGACCAGGUGCUCCGCGUGGAACUCUAUCCGCUUGCGCUGCGUGUGAUCAAGGCAUGGCCCAAGAGCGGCGGCAAGAAGAAGGGCGAGGCUGGGAUCCUUGUCUCGUGCCCGGCGUCGGAGAGCGUGGCAUGGCUGACCAAAAAGGUAUGCGCGGCGCGCGGGAGCCGGCUCGGCCCGCUCUCGCCGUCGCGGGUUCGGCUGUGGAACUGCGACUCGAUUAAGAGCCCCAAGCUGCUGACGAACAAGAGCGCAAGCCUAGGCGAGGUCGGGCUCAAGCACGACUCUGUGGUGAUGAUGGAGGUGCAGACGGAGACCGGCGAGUGGCCGGAGGAGGCACACCUUGUGGCGCUGCUGGAGACGCGUCCGCGGGCGGAGAGCGAGGGUGCGGCAGGCGGAGCCGGGGCCGGCGGAGACGAGGGCGAGUCCGGAGCGAGUAGCGGGCCGGUGGAGCCAGUGGUCCCGCCGGGGCUGGUCGGGCUCAACAACCUUGGCAACACAUGCUUUAUGAACUCUGCGCUGCAGUGCUUGGCGCACACCGGUCCGCUUACGGAGUUUGUCCUCAAGGACUACUACCUGUCCGAGAUCAACACCACGAACCCGCUCGGGUACAAGGGCCUCAUUGCCAAGCGGUACGGGGAGGUGGUCAAAAUGCUCUGGUCUGGCGCCGUGGCCGCCUUUCCACCGCACAAGUUCCGAACGACGAUCGGCAAGUUCAACCCUGCUUUUGCGACGUUUCAGCAGCAGGACUCGCAGGAGUUUCUGGCGUACCUCCUCGAUGGACUGCAUGAGGAUAUGAACCGGAUUAUGGACAAGCCGUACACCGAGCUGCCGGACUCUGACGGUCGGCCGGACGCGGAAGUUGCGGGCGAGUCGUGGGAGAACUAUCAGCUCCGCAACGACUCGAUCAUUGUGGAUCUCUUUGCUGGGCUCACCAAGUCGCGACUCGAGUGCCCGGUGUGCCAGUUUGAGUCUGUGCGGUUCGACCCGUACCUCUCGCUCUCACUCCCGCUUCCUGUGGACGACUUUACGUACGUGCCGAUCAUUGUGAUUUGGCGCGACGGGACGCGGAUUCCGACACGUUUCGACGUGCGGAUGGAUCCAGAAGCGCGAGUGGGCGCGCUCAAGCGCAAGCUGGCGCGAAUGGCCCGGCUUCCGAUCGAAGGCCUCGUGCUGGCGGUGGUCUCGGGCUCGGUGGUGAUGGAGUUUGUGCGCGACGACGCGCCGCUCUCGCGGGUCGGGCUGUCAGUGUAUGGGUUUGAGAUUCUUGCGCCCGAGGGGGCGCUGCCACCGGCCGAGAGUGAUGAUGAGGCGGAGCCAGCGUCCGAGUCGGAGUCGGCCCCGGCAGAGGCGGCCCCAACGGCAGAGGUGGAGCCGGAAUCGGGAUCCGCGUCGGAAUCCGCGUCGGAAUCCGCGUCGACGAGCACAUCUGCAUCUGGAUCCGACGCCAAGGGCAAGGGAGCAGCCGAGACGAUACCCGAGACGACACCCGAGACUGCGGUCGAGGCUGUGGUAAGUCCAACACCGCGGUCGGCGCUGGACAUCGGCUCGGUGUUUGUCAUCCACCGCAAGCUUCUCAAGCAAGAGGUGUACUUUGUCAAUCCGUACAAAGUGCACGUGUUCGGGCGGCCGAUUCUGAUCACGUACGACCCAAGCGCGCCGAUGAGCGCAAGCGAGUUCUACGCCGAGAUCUGGCGGCAGAGCAAGCGGUUCUUCCAGCUCGAGGAGCCGCCGCGGCUUGACAAGCUUGUGCGUGGGCGCGGAAGGGAGAACCAGAACGGAACGAGCUCAUCAGGCUCGGACUCCGAGUCGGGCUCGGGAUCGGAGACUAGCUCGGACUCGCCGCGGUUCCCGUUUGUCCUCCGAAAGGUCAACAAGUACGGAACACAGUGCGCGGUGUGCCCGUGGUAUGCGUUCUGUCUCGGGUGCCCGAUUGCAGACGACGAGUCUGUGCUCGAUGCCGGCCCAGGAAGCGUGGCGAUCGACUGGGAUCUCGGCGUGGUGGCGAUGUACUACUCGUGGCGAGCGGAGCGUGCAGGUGAGGACGACGCGUCUGUGGCGCGGGCGCGCGAGGAGGAGGAAAAGCCAGUCUCGCUCGAUGACUGCUUUGGAUGGUUCACCAAAGCGGAGCAAAUGGACGAGGAGGACGCAUGGUACUGCAAGGACUGCGGUGAGCUGCAGCGGGCGCACAAGAAGAUGGAUUUGUGGACGACACCGACCGUACUCAUUGUACACCUCAAGCGGUUCCAGCUCCAUCGCGGGCGUUGGUCAAGUCGCGCAAGAUCGUCGACUUUCCGGUCACCGGCUUCCAGCCGGGGCAGUAUAUUGUCAACGACGAGGUCGAAGCGCCGAUUUACGAUCUAUACGCGGUGACAAACCACUACGGCUCGCUCGGCGGCGGGCACUAUGUGGCAAUGGCAACCGGAGCUGAUGGGCAGUGGUACUGCUUCAACGAUUCGUCGUGCGACAAGGUAAGCGGCGACGACGAGCUCAAAAGCUCGGCGGCGUACGUCCUCUUCUACAAGCUUCGCGGCGCAGCCGGAUUUGAGAUCGACGAGUCGAUUGAGCGUGUAGCGGUCGAAGUGCCGUCAGACGACGAAGACGGGGAGGGUGGAAAGUGUGUGCUGCUGUAGUUGCCGCCACUAAAGGUUGUACAUGAUGUU